UCGACAAAUCCGCGGUCACACUGCUUGCUGCUUAAAAUACAAACAAUUCAAUAAGAAAAUAUAAAUUAGUAACUGGCAAGGAGAACAACACAACUCCAAAAUGAACAUAAAUCUGCCCCAUUUCAAUAUGAAGAACCUGGUGAAGGAAGCAGGCAGCACAAUAUCGCGUGUGGUUCAGCUGACCGAGGAGAGACUUGGCACCACCGAGCGCACCGAAUACGACUUGCACUUUCAAAACCUUGCCGAGCGUGCCGAUGUGACCAAGACAUGGACAGAGAAGCUCGUGAAGGACACAGAAUCGGUGCUGAUACCGAAUCCGCAGAACCGUGUGGAAGAUUACAUAUUCGAGAAGAUAGAUAAGUCGAGGCCGAAGCGAUUGAGUAACUUGGAGCACUUGGCCUUGGACAUGAUUGAGGCCGGCGGGGACUUUGGACAGGAUUUGCCCUAUGGCCAGGCCCUGAUCAAAGUCGGGCAGGCCGAGCAGAAGCUGGGCCAGUGCGAGCACGACUUCAUUGCCACCUCGGGCAUUUGCUUUACGCAACCAUUGCGUAAAUUCUUGGAGGGCGAGAUGAAGACGAUUAGCAAAGAGCGCGGCAUUCUUGAUUCGAAGCGCUUGGAUCUGGACGCCUGCAAGAACCGGGUGAAGAAGGCGCGCAGCAUGCUGGGCCAGCAGUCGAAAGAUGGCAUCUCGCCAGAGGCUGCCUUGGAACAGGCAGAGCGCGACCUGCGCGUGGCCCAGGCCGAGUUUGACCGCCAGUCGGAAAUAACCAAGCUGCUGCUGGACGGGAUUAGCACAUCGCAGGCCUCCCACCUGCGCCAUCUGCAUGCCUUCAUCCAGACCCAGGUGCGCUACUACAAGCAGUGCGGUGAUGUCAUGGAGAACCUGCAGCGGGAGCUGGCCAACUUGGGAGGUCCGACACCAUACAUACCGCUCGAUCUGAACAACGCCAGUGCCAACACGUCCAGCGCAACUGUCGGACCGUCGGCGACCCGUGGUCCGGGCAACAAUAACAGCAGCAGUCAGGCAUCAUCCGGCCACAGGCCCACCAAUCAGCCCAUGCAUGUCAAUACGGAUCAAAUGCAGCGGGCACGUGUCCUGUGCUCAUACGAUGCCAAGGAUCACACCGAGCUUAAUCUGAACGCGAACGAGGUCAUAUUUGUCACCGAGUGCUCGCCCGUGAACGAGGACUACAUGUACGCCAAGCAGGGCCUCAUGAAGGGACUCGUGCCGCGGGCGUUUGUCGAAAUGCUCGAUGAGGAGCACGACGUCACCCUCUAAGUGAACGCGAGCAAUACAAUGCAAUAAUCUCAACCAAAUACUCGUAUGUUGGACAGAAGACGGAAGAAGAGAAGUCAAAAUUCAUUAAGAAAUACUCAAAAGUUUAUGGGAUUGGAAGUGGAAUGGCAAUUGGACAAUUAUAAAAUGCGGCCAAAUGGCAUUUGGCACUAGCAAGAGAGUACAAUAAUUUAUCAGAAAAUAUGGAUGCAUACAUACAUAGUUAUACACAAAGCAUAUACAUACAUGCAUGCAUGCAUGAACAUGGUAUUAUAUAUAGAGCAUCCUAGUUUAGGCCACGUUUACCCCAUCUCAUCCCAUCCUUGCCUCGCCACUUGCACAGCACAGCCAGCUGCCUGAAUCGUUAGCUACUAUAAACUAUAAACUAAAUACUCGGAAAACGAUUCUCAACUUUAUUAUUGUUACUGCGUAUCACAUAUCUGUCUGUAGAGCAAGUGUGUGUUGUAUGCUUCUAAGCUUCUCCCUCCACACUCGUGAAAGUAUUAUGUUUGUGUUAUGUUUGUCUCCAGCUGUGUAUCUGUAUCGCAGUUAGCAAACGAAAUUCACUGUGCUUUAAACUAUAUGUAUAUCCUAUUAUUAUAUAUACAUACGUACGUAUGAGAUUGUUAAUUCUAUUUAUCUACAUAUUGUACUAUUCGAAAGUGUUUUCCCCUUUAAGCUAAUUAGUAUUUAAAGCAAUUUUAAUUACUUAUUCAUUCCUGCUGAAAUUAAUUAUGUUAAAAACGCAAACGCAUACCCUUUGGUGCAAUUUUCAAAAGUCAAUUAAAGUGAAUAUUGCUCUCUACAAUCUAAGAAUAUCCAACCAAAAAAAAAACAAACAAACAAAAAACACCAAUUAGCGCUUAAUUAAUGCAAGUAAACUGCAAAAUUGCCAUGGCAGAACGUACAAUACAAC